AUGGGGAAAAGAAAGACGCAGCUGGCCAGAAGAACGUUCAGAAGGGCUUUGGCUGAACUACAUUUCCAAUCUGUGUAGGAAAAAGAUUUAACGUCAUCACUCACUGACACAUGCGCAAAAGGCUAGGGAUUAUGACGAGUAAYCGACAAGUAAAGCGAGAACAACAAGGUAAACAAAGCUAUGUUUACCUAGCAACACUAAUUCUAGCGAAAUUGGUUAGUCACCGAACACUUACCUAACCAACAAGCUAUACAAAACAUUUUGGCUCGUGAAAUUGCAGAACUAUUUGCCAAACUAACGUUAGCUAAGCUAUUUACUGUACAAUAACGUUAGCUAGCUACAACAACAAGUCUUCUUUCCUACUACGAUAGUAACGCAGCUAGCUACCAAGAAGAUGAGUGUGUGACCCAGACAAGGGCCAAGAAAACACAGAUUUCGGACACCAUGAAUCCUGAAUAUGACUACCUGUUCAAGCUGCUUCUGAUUGGUGAUUCAGGGGUGGGAAAGUCUUGCCUCCUGCUUCGAUUUGCGGAUGACACCUACACGGAAAGUUUCAUAAGCACCAUCGGCGUGGACUUCAAAAUCCGAACUAUUGAAUUGGAUGGCAGGACCAUCAAACUACAGAUUUGGGACACUGCUGGUCAGGAGCGGUUUCGCACCAUCACCUCCAGCUAUUACAGAGGAGCCCAUGGUAUCAUCGUUGUCUAUGAUGUAACAGAUCAGGAGUCUUACAACAAUAUAAAGCAGUGGCUGCAGGAGAUUGGCCGCUAUGCCAGCGAGAAUGUCAACAAGCUGCUGGUGGGUAACAAGUGUGACCUCACCACCAAGAAGGUAGUAGACUACACGACAGCCAAGGAAUUUGCUGACUCCCUAUCCAUCCCCUUCCUGGAGACCAGUGCGAAGGACGCAACUAACGUGGAGCAAUCCUUCAUGACCAUGGCGGCUGAGAUUAAGAAGCGCAUGGGGCCCGGGGCCACGGCAGGAGGAGAGAAGCACAACCUGAAGAUUGACAGCACUCCAGUGCCGCAGUCUGGGGGAGGAUGCUGUUAGGCCGGUCCAGCCCUCUCCUCUCACCCCCAGAGGCCCAUGAGUAGAGUAACAGUAUUGGGUUGAAGUUGGGGUGCUUCUGACAGAACAGGAAAAUAUGGUGGUGGGAUCUUCAAGAACUGACUGACAUUUUUUACCUCUUGACCAAUGCCCAUAAUUGAGUGAGUAAGAAAGUUUUGUGCCGAAGGAAUAGUCCCCCCUCAACUCUUUUUUUAUUUUUAUUCACCGAUAUGCACAGAAGUGGAAAUAUCUUAAUAAAAAAAAAUGUGGUAUGGCAUAACUGAUGAUUGUAACUAAUCCAGCACUUUCUGUCUCUCAUUAUAUGUAUCACAGACAUUUUUUUUUAACACACACUCAAAUAUAGUGUGAUUGAAAGAAAUCAUGGAUGUUCUUUCAACUAUGGUUGACUAUAUUACUUAAGUAAUAAGGCCUGUGGAGGUGUGGUAUAUGGCCAAUAUACCACGACUAAGGGCUGUUCCUAAGCAGCCGAGUGCCUGGCCACAGCCCUCAGCCAUGGUAUAUUGGCCAUAAAUCAAAAACCCCAGAGGUGACUUACUGCUAUUAUAAACUGGUUACCAAUGUAUUUAGAGCAGUAAAAAUACAUGUUUUGUCAUACCAAUGGUAUACCACUGCUGUCAGCCAAUCAGCAUUCAGGGCUUGAACUACCCAGUUUAUAAUAUCCUUUGUGACCUUCAUGGUUCCUGGUCACACUGCUGACUGUUGAUGGUGACAAUGUGAAAUAAGAGUCUCUUUGUGACAGAUAAGGCAGAGUCUUUAUGGACAAGGUCAAUUUGUAUCAUCUUUCUGUCCGAAAUCAGAUUUAGACCUCAUUGGGCCCGUGCACCCAAACACUAUAUAGGUAGAAAUAGGGCUGCUGUUGAGGAAAGAAACGGAGAGGACAUGGUGAAGUAAAACAAUUUUCGCAACCUGGGGACCACGUGGUAAAUGGAAACCUGCAAUCAUGGUGUCCACAUCUUUAAUGUCUGAUUUAAUCAUUGUUAUAUGAUACUAUUAUUACAUGGUGGUUUUAUUACUGUGAUGUUUGUUUGUUUUUGGUUCUCUGUUUUCUAAUCUAGAAUGUGUGUAAUCAAUUAUGUUGUUGUUGUUACCUAAUGAUUGAGUGCAUAACCAAAAGCUGACAGCAUUUGGUUCUUUCUGGAGUGGAAGCUGGCUAUAAACAGGAGGGAAUUAAGGCAUG